UCAGGCUGAGGCAGGUACAGGUGUGUGUGUGAGUGUGUGUAUUUAUGUGUGAGUGUGUGUGCGUUUGGUCCAUGAAUGUGGCGGAGGAGGGAAGUGGUGACGGUGUGAAGAAGAGACAGAGCCGCGGCAGAGGAGGACAAAGGAGCGGCCAGAGCGGAGGAGGAACCGGGCAGAGAGCCGGGCACGGUGGGCAGAGAGCCGGGCAGAGAACCGGACAGAGAGCCGGGGACGGUGGGCAGAGAGCCGGGCACGGUGGUCAGAGAGCAGCGGGGAUGUCGGAGAGGAUUGCUUCGUGUGGCAGUCUGUGUGACAGCAGCACCAACCUGCUGCUACAGUACUGCAACAACGAUGACACGGUGUCGGCCAGCAGUAACAUGGACAUCGACGACCGGGUGUCUCACCUGGAGCAGAGGCUGCAGCUGCAGGAGGACGAGAUCCAGCUCCUGAAGUCGGCCCUGGCCGACGCCCUGCGACGACUGGGAUACUGCGAGGAGCAGAGUCAGGUGAUGCAGUCAGGAGGCGUCCAUGCUGCUGGGAGGAGACCGCUGGCCACCACGGCCUCAGCGGCACCUACCAAGGUGCGUCAGCUCCUCCAGGCUCUUCCCUCCAGACCUCUCAGUAAUGGCUACACUCAACAGAAACGCCUUCUGUCUUCCCCUUCUUCUCCUAAGAAAGAAGUGCUGCAGUCCAUUAAGAGGAAAAGCAUGUCCACAGAGCGUCUCACUCUGGUCAGGAGAGAGAUGGGUGCAGAGAGUCGGAGUCGAACCACCUCCUCCAGCAGCUCCUCCGGUGGCAAAGGUAAAUCCAAAGAAUGCACCUUUAAUGCAGAGGAUGGCUACGUGAGGAUGUUCCUCCGGGGUCGUCCCGUCACCAUGCACAUCCCCGACCAGCAGAGGGAGAGCUACACUCUUGACCAGAAGGUGGCGCUCCCUGACCACAAGCUCAAACUGCAGUGGGUGUACGGCUACCGUGGACGCGACUGCCGCUCCAACGUCUACCUGCUGCCCACAGGAGAGAUUGUUUACUUCAACGCGUCUGUUGUGGUGCUGUACAACACUGAGGAGCAGCAGCAGAGACACUACCUGGGCCACAACGAUGAUGUCAAAUGUCUGAGUGUACAUCCUGACAUGGUUACCAUAGCAACGGGCCAAGUGGCUGGAAACUCUAAAGAUGGAAAGCUGCUGGCUCCUCAUGUCCGUGUUUGGGAUUCUGUGAGUCUCAACACGCUCCACGUGCUCGGCAUGGGAGUGUUCGACAGAGCAGUCACGUGUGUCGCUUUCUCCAAGUCGAAUGGUGGUGCCUUCCUUUGUGCUGUGGAUGACGCCAAUGAUCACAUCCUGUCAGUCUGGAACUGGCAGAAGGAGAAGCAAAUAGCUGAUGUCAAGUGCUCCAACGACUCUGUCCUGGCUGCCAUGUUCCAUCCCAUGGAUGCCAACCUGAUCGUCACCUGUGGGAAAUCACACAUUAACUUCUGGACCAUGGAGGGCAACACUCUGAGCAAGAGACAGGGCUUGUUUGAAAAACACGAGAAACCAAAGUACGUGCUGUGUGUGGCGUUCGCUCAGAAUGGAGAUGCCAUCACAGGAGACUCCAGUGGAAACAUCUACAUCUGGGCCAAAGGUGGUCACCGCAUCAGUCAGGUGGUGUCGGGAGCCCACGAGGGCGGGAUCUUCUCACUGUGUGUGCUGAAGGACGGCACCAUGGUGUCUGGAGGAGGGAAGGACCGCAAGGUGGUGCUGUGGGACCACGAUUACAGAAAACAGGCUGAGAUGGAGGUCGGUGAGUCGUUCGGUCCGGUCCGGGCACUGGCUGAAGGAAAACCAGGAGAGCUUUUUGUUGGAACCACCAAGAAUGCCAUCAUCAGAGCUGCUUUCCCUGAUACUUUAACACCAGUGGUGCAGGGUCACACAGAUGAGCUGUGGGGUCUGGACGUUCAUCCCUCCAUGGAGCAGUUCGUCACCUGCGCCCAGGACAAACAGGUUCACCUCUGGGACACCAACUCCCAUCAGCCCCUCUGGAGCAAGACCAUUGAGGAUCCAGGGAGGUCUGCAGGUUUCCAUCCCAGCGGAGCAGUCGUGGCAGUCGGGACCAUGACUGGAAGGUGGCUGGUGCUGGACACUGACACCCGGGAUCUCGUUUCUAUGCACACGGACGGCAAUGAGAUCAUUUCCACCAUCAAGUACUCUCCAGAUGGUAACUUCCUGGCUGUCGCCUCCCACGACAACUUUGUUUACAUCUAUGCCGUGACGGAGAAUGGCCGAAAGUACAGCCGUGUGGGGAAAUGCACUGGCCACUCCAGCUUUGUUACACACCUGGACUGGUCCACAGACAGCCGGUACCUUGUCACCAACUCAGGAGACUACGAGAUCCUCUUCUGGGAGGCAUCUAGUGGUAAACAUGUGACAAACAUGGACACUGUGCGUAACCAGGCGUGGGCCACUUACACCUGCACCCUGGGCUUCAACACCUUUGGGAUUUGGCCGGACGGAGCAGACGGCACUGACAUCAACGCUGUGUGCAGGUCACAUGACGGCUCCCUGCUCGCCUCUGCCGAUGACUUUGGCAAAGUGCACUUGUUUUCCUUCCCCUGUUCUCAACCAAGGGCUCCAAGCCACGAGUACGGUGGCCACAGCAGUCACGUGACCAACGUUGCCUUCCUGCACGACAACAGUCACCUGAUCUCCACUGGUGGGAAAGACACCAGCGUCCUGCAGUGGGUGGUCGCCUAGAGACAAAAAAAACCCUCAUCUUUAAUCCCUGGAAACGGGGACCAGCAUCCACUCCGACCCAUUAUAUCAUGUCUUCUUCACUGUUUUAUCCUCCCCCCUCCUCCACCAGGGGGCAGCACCUCCUCUGUGCCUAAACCAGAAAAUUAGAAUAACUCACAACUUGAGCGAGCGACACCUCACACAUCGGACGAGCUGAUAAGUAUCAUUGUGACAAAGUAAAUGAUAUUUAAUGUCCAGCUGUUUGUAAUAGAAUGUAGAGGAAAAUGUUGUCAUGCAAGAAGUUAAUCUUAAAAAAAAGAAAUAAAUAUUAACACCUGCAUCAUGACCAGGUAGAGACACAGAGCAGACCUGUGAUUACAGCGUUAGUACUAACUGUGCCUAAAUCAGAUUUAUCUUUAAAACCCUUUAAUGGGAAUUCCACCCGUUUUUAAGGGAACGUGUGUUUUCAUGUUUUAGUUCCUUGGCUGCAGAUGUACGUGCACCUUACUCUCUAACAAUGCAUGACGUAGUUAUGGAUGGAUUUAUUUACAUUUUGGGAUUCAGUAUUAUUUCUUUUUCAAAUUGAUGUAAACAUCCAGUGGUAUGAGAAUCUUGAAAUUUAAGUUAUUUGGCUGAAUUAAUGCAGAUUUUUGGCCACUGAAAAUCCAAUUGUAUGCAUGGAACCAACGUAAAAUGAAGGAAAGAAAAAUAAACCUGAAUAUAUUUACAUGCUUAUGAAUGUGCUGUGAAAUGAUAGAACUAAAACAUGACGCAUCAACUUUAAAUUUGAAAGUAAUCCACCAGAAUGUAGUCUUUCUUGUCAUGGUUUGAUCUUCCAAAACAAAUGUGUUCUUAUUCAUCAGUUUGGAGCUUUAACAAAAAAAAAAAAAUCAAAUAAUAAUAAUUGGCACAUGUUGGGAAGAAAUAAAUGUCUUUUCUUGUGGUGAAAGAUUGUACCAGUCCCUUAAACGGGUGGCAUUCCCCCUUUAGAGUAGUAACAUUAACCUCAUUGCCUUCUCUGACUUCACUCCUCAUCCCUCAGCCUGAUUUCUUAAAGGUGCAUAAUCUAUAAUAAUCUUAAAUAUUACAGAUUGUUGUUGGAGAUUGUGAACAGUACAAAGUGGUGGUUUUUCUUGUCCCGAGGCCCCGCCCCCUUUACCAGCUGCUGUCUUUCUGGUUGUACCGCUCCUGUAACUGUGCUCACGAGGCACUAGAUGGCGCUACAUCACCAGAGAAAUGAGCACGACUGAGGCUGCGUUCCUACUGUAGAUGCUGUUAAUGUUGCAAAGGUCUGUAGAGUAAAUAUACAAAUCUAUAUUAUGCAGUAUAUCCCAGUGGCUGUGUUAUUUUAAUAUUUAACUGUAAAGACGAUGCAUGCUGUUGUUAUUAUCAUUAAUAUUAUUAAUAUUAUUCUUGUGGCAGUUUUAGAGAUUGACAGAAGGGUAUAAUUAUUAAAAAAUAAAGCGACUGUGCUUUAGGAGUGAGCUUGAGCUGUGUUACCUUCAGUUUUGUUAAUAAAGUUUUUACCAAACUA